GGAAGUACCGGCACAAGAUCCAGGAGCUGCGGAGAUCCAGUCCAGAUGUGUUUGAAUCCCGUAUGGAAAAAAGAAGUGAAGUGAAAAAGCAGCCUGUGGGAUAUUCCAGUCAAGGAGAGUUUGUCAGAUGCAUGGAGGAAAAGGCAGAAAGCUUGGGCAUAAAGACAUCAAAGGGAGGAUUCACAAAGGAUAAGACACUUGAUUCAAUUCUUAAUGUUGAGAUGGUGAAAGAAAAGUCAGCAGAGGAAAUAAAACAGAUUUGGAAUCAGUAUUUUUCUGCAAAAGAUACAGUUUAUGCUGUUAUUCCUGCAGAGAAGUUUGAUUUAAUGUGGAAGAGAUCCCAGAAAUGUCCAUCGUUUCUAUAUGCUCUGCCAAGAAAAGAAGGCUAUGAGUUCUUUGUGGGGCAGUGGUCAGGAACAGAAUUGCACUUCACUUCCCUAAUAAACGUUCAGACCCAAGGUGAAAAUGCUGCUAGCCAGUUGGUCUUGUACCAUUAUCCUGAGCUGCAGAAGGAGAAAGGAAUAGUACUAAUGACAGCAGAAAUGGAUUCCAAGUUCUUGGUGGUCCAUGAAGCUCAGUGCUUGGCGAACCAGGUACAGCUUUUCUACGCCACAGAUCGUUCCGAGACCUAUGGAUUAGUGGAGACCUUCAACCACAGACCUAAUGAAUUUAAAUACAUGUCAGUUAUAGCAGAGCUUGAGCAAAGUGGACUUGGAAGAGAACUGAGACCUGGUCAGGCUUCUGAUAAAUCAUAGAGCCUGACCUGCAGGUGAAGUGAGCCAGCAGCAGGCAGGGGGUUCCUAGAUGGGGUGGUCCUGUCUCUUGUGUUUUAUGAAUUGGGUUUGGCUACAGAAAGGCUCUGGACACAUCCCGGGAGUGUGAUAGUCAAGCCUGUCUGGCACUGAUGCAAGAUGACGACUUGGGCCAUUUGAACAAUUGUAACUAAGUGCCAAAAUGGAGCCCAGUACUUCAGUGUGACUUCGUCAGAGAGAACCAUUUUCCCUGUCCUGUAACUUCCUGCUGCAUGCUGGAUUGUUGAAAUCUGGAAUAAAGUGACAGAAGGGGA